GAGGAUAUCGUUUUUUUUCUCUUCUAGUGUGCUUUCUAAUUCGGUGGGUUGGCGUUGGGGAAAAUGAGUAGGUGGCGUCGACUACCUACCUCUUUUCAUCGAUUUCUUUAUUUAUUUGAUGGAAUAUACUGAGCGAGUGAUUGACUAAACUGACCGGCUGUAUUUAUUGCUAUCAUUGUUAUUGUUAUUAUUUGAUUAUAUUUGCUAUUUCCUCCCUCCUCUCUUUCUCUUAUAUACAUCUCCCCUUACUCCUUUUCCACACUCGCUCUCCUAUUUUCUUCGGACGCACAAUACUCCAAAACCAUCGUCUGUGUCCCAUAUCUAUAUCUAUACACAUAUAUCUAAUUUUACAAACUUCCAUUCAACACCCGAAAUAUAAGAGAGUCUUAUUAUUCAUUCAUACCUAACUUGAUACCUCUCUCCCUACCCAUCUACCUACAUUUGCCAGACAUACCGGUAUACACCCGCCCGGGAGGAAAAAUAGAUGAUCCGGACAAAUUACCACCUACUGCAAUCAACUGGACCACCCCCCAAAAUAUCGCAUAACACAUACACCACCGGGCAACCCAAGAGUCAGCCAGACGAAACGGGACGGAUUUUGGGGCCUCAUAAACGAUUCGAUUCGAUCCUCUUGGUAUUAGAUCAUAUCAUUAUUACCUGUCAAAUACAAUACACACACACACAUAUAUACAUAUCCAUAUAUAACUUCUCCAAUCUUCCCAUUUCACUUCCUCUCCCUUCGCUUCGUUGUUAAUUUUGGCCCUUUCGUCUUUCGGUCUUUUGGUCUUUUGAUCUUACGAAAAAAGAAUACGUAUCUGCAAGAAUCUUUUCCAUUCCUACCUAGACCCAGGUAUAUCCUACCUGCAUAUUAUAUAUCCAUCCAUCCAUCCAUCCAUCCACCCCAACCUUCCAUAUAAACAAACCCUCCGAGUCCGAGGUAUUUUUGGGGGGGGGAAAGGCGAAGAUUUCCAUUGCACCACUCACCACCCACCACCACUCACUAAGCUUGAACAUUCUUACUCGAUCAAACACUUCCCUACCUACGGAACGAACACACCCCUGAAAGAUUAAUAGCGGGAACUUAUUGGCGGGGAAUUCAAAAAGAAGAACCCUCCCUCGCCCACCACGCAACGCGUCAAACGAAACGAAACGAAACGAAUUCAAACGAUCCUCUCCCUCACAUCAACGUUCAACGUCCAACUUGCAUAUAUAUAUAUAUACAUAUAUAUAUAUUACCUUAAGCCACCAACAAGUGCUGUUGAGCUUAUUGACCCUUUAUUUUGACCAUUACUAUUAUUAUUCCUGUUAUUAUUUUUAUUGCCAUUUUUACAACCCGAUUUGGUUUUCUGUACUAGACUUGGAGAACGUUACGUUACGACUCGAUUUAUUUUUAUCUCUCUCUAUACAUUAUUUUUUUCUGAUUGUAUUUUUUUUUUGGAGGGGGGGCAUUUGACGCUACGAGAUCUCUUGACACUUUUUUUGCUUUAUCUUAAGGUGAAAAGUGGUGAAGAAGGAAUUUUGUUUUUGCAUGCGAUAUAUUUUUUAUUUAUUGAGAGGGGAGAAGUGAAUUCACUAGAUAUUGGACGUCUCUUGUGAAUUUUUGAAUUUUUGAAUUUUUGGAAAAUCAUUCGUACAGGCGUGGAUACGAGGGUUAUCUAUCUAUUCAUCUGCAUAGAUAUAUAUCAAGAGGGAUUUGAGGAGGAAAGACGAUUAUCAGACAUUAAUUCAAGAUGGCGACGAGGACUUCACAGAGAACUUAUCACAUUGUGGUAUUGGGUGCUGGUGGUGUUGGCAAGAGUUGUCUAACCGCACAAUUUGUUCAGAAUAUUUGGAUCGAAAGUUAUGAUCCAACGAUUGAGGAUUCGUACCGCAAGGUCAUCGAGGUUGAUGGACGACAAUGCAUGUUGGAGAUAUUAGAUACCGCGGGUACGGAACAAUUCACCGCCAUGAGGUACAUACCAAGCAAUCCUAAUUUCAUUUCUCUCUUCCGCACCUCCAUUCCCAAACCCCCACUCACAUUUCCUCUUCAGAGAACUCUACAUGAAAACCGGACAAGGAUUCCUCCUCGUCUUCAGUAUCACCUCGCAAAGCUCCCUCAACGAACUCAGCGAACUCCGCGAGACCAUCAUACGUAUAAAAGAUGACGAAAAUGUCCCGAUAGUGAUUGUCGGGAACAAAAGUGAUCUGGAACAAGAUCGUGUGGUCAGUAGACAGGCGGCUUUUAAUGUUAGUCAGAGUUGGGGGAAUGCGCCGUAUUAUGAGACGAGUGCUAGGAGGAGGGCAAAUGUAGAUGAAGUCUUCAUUGACCUCUGCAGGCAAAUCAUCCGUCGAGAUAAUAAUCGAUCAACGCCCGAUGUCGAAGAUGAAGUCAAUUCGCCGGUGGAGAAAAGACAUCAUCGGAUGAGACGGUUGGGGAGAUGUGUGAUAUUAUGAUUAUCUUUAUGGGAUGGGCGUCAAUGGGUGGGUGUGGUAAUUUGAUGAUUGGCGUGUCUAGAGUGGAAGGAAUAUGUUUGGGUGUGUAUGUAUGUAUGAGUGGAUAUAGAAGGGAUGUGAAGAUUACGAACCAUUGAGGGGAUGGAAAUGCGUGAGAUAGGGAAGGGAAUGUAGAAGGAUCAGGAGAAAAGUCUUUUUUUUUAUGUAUAGAGUCUUGAAAUAAAGAUGAGAUGUUGAGAUAAUGAGAAUCAAGGUCUUUGGUGAUGGUUUUUUUUUUUUUUUUUUUUUUUUUUUGGCA